UAGUGAAGUUGCCCUUGCGUUAGGCAGUGCAGUAGUUUCCCACAAUGCACAAAUUCAGUCAGGGUAUGGCGGCCAUGUUAGAACUUCUGGAGUUAGUUGCGAAACCUUAACCAACAAUAUUGCAUGGUGAAAAUGAAUACAGCACCACGAUGAUUUGCUAGGUGUUUUGUCAGACUCCACAAAGGAUCUAGAGGACUUAAACACAAUGGCGAGUCUCUCCGCUGUCUUCUCUGAGGCGGAAAGGACAAACUGGCUGAAGGCGUGGAUGGCAGUUGACAUUGCAAAGUCUGGUUUAGAACAGUUUGUGAACAAAGAGGCUAACACUUUACACACCAAUAUAUACAACACUAUCAGGCCAAGUAGUCAUGGCGCAGCCGCAUGUAUAGGCUGUCACACUGCAAACUUGCUUAAAUGCCCGACACAAGGCGUAUGCAAAAGAAGUGCAAAUGGCAACUGCACAUCAAUGCAUGAUAAUGCGGCAAAACAACAACGACCAUGUCCAGCAAAUGUGUGCACUAAGGUCCGUGACGAGAUUGUUAAGCAACAUGCAUAUAAAAAACCGUCAUGGAAGAAUACAUCGGCGCAACAAUGGGCAAAACAUCCAUGGGAAAUUGCCAAGGCCUAUUUCCCUCCAGACGGAUACGUUGGAAAAACUUCAGUUCAAGAUACAGACUUCAACGGAAUCAUCAGUUUUAUGAUGAAUUGCGAACAAAUUCACAACAAAUUUUCAUUCACAAUAGCAAUAGGAAAAAAUAGCCCCCCUUGUUUACUGACAAAGGCGCGAGAUAUUGGAAGAACUGUCCGUCAUUCGCCUCAGUGUAAAGUCACUGAUCUAGAUCUCCAGGAAAUUUUCACAACACUGACAAGCCUGCUGAGUGACCAAACGUAUCUAGCACAUGACGUCACUGCACAGGAGGCUGUACGGAAAUUAGCAGAGCUGGAAAAGGAUACAUUGAAGAUAACCACGGAGGAAAUGAUUCAUCUCCUAGAGGCUGCUCAAGAUACACUUAAGAAAGUUGAACACAUUGCCGAUAAAGCUCUGGAUGAGAUGAAGAUGCACCUUGAACAAUGUAAGAAGGAUCUCAAUGCACAUACGGACAGAUGUAAACAGAAACUUGAUGAGCACACUGCAAAAUGUACAAAUGCUAUAGAUGAACAUGUGAGCAAGACGGUGGACUCGACCUAUGAGCAAUCGUGUAAAGAACUGAUCGAAGGAAUGAAAAAACUGUACAACGACAAAUUAUAUUACGUGACAGUAUCUCCAUUUGAUGACUCCAGCGGUGAAAAAUUACGAGAUGUUUAUAUGCCGCCAAAGAUUUUGGAAAUGUGUAAGGAAAUAAAGACGUUUAAGAAAACAGAAAAACAAGUUAAUACGUACAAGGGUGUGUUUUUAACAGAUAACACAGUUAACCCACGCAUAUUUAUUCAAGGUGAGGCAGGGUCUGGCAAAACAACAUUCUUAGCAAAAUUGGCGCUGGACUGGUGUGAAGGAGUUCAUGGUUCUAGUGCAUCGGAUAACAGCAAAAUUAUCUUUGCUGAUUUUGACGCACUGCAACGCUAUGAGUACGUUUUUCAUAUUACAUUGAGAAAUUCAAAAAACCAAUGUGACGUAUAUACUAUGAUUAAAGAACAAAUAAUAGACCGGAUCUACUCCGCAAAAGACCGCGAAAAAGCGUACGAACUAGUGAGUGAGAUCAUGAAACAUCAACGUUGCUUGGUACUACUUGAUGGUCUAGAUGAGUGGACAGGACCUGAAGAUCUACCGACAUUGGUAGUAGUUCACAACAAAUGUGUGAUGUUAAUUACAACACGGCCUUGGAAAUUGGCUGAAGGUAAAGUUAAGCAUUCGGACAUCCAUGCAUUGUUGCAACUGGAAGGAAUAAACAAGCCUUUUGAGCUAAGUAAAAUUAUACUAAGCCGCUUAGUAGAUAAGGAAGAACUUGAAAUAAAAUACACAGCAUUUACUCUAUACGUAAAGAAACAGAAGCUCGAAGAGUUACUGUCGUCACCAAUGAUGCUCUCUGCAAUUGUAUGUGCAUAUGCAGACGGAAUAGAACUCAAAGGCUCAAAGUGUGAAGUAUACAUCCUUUUAGUGGAAAGUCUUUUUAAGAAAGCCAACAGUUGCACGCGUACAUUUCAACAGCCCCCCUUUUCGUUCUUCAAACGGACUGAAUACAUACAGCCAAAUUUGGAACCCCUGAAUCGUCUUGCUGAAAUGGCCUUUCAUUUGUUGUUUGUAAAUGACAAGGGAAAUUCAAUAAUGUUUCGCAUGACAGAAUUAGAGAAAUUCAAGAUUUAUGAAUACAAGGAUUUUGCAUUAAAAUCCGGAAUUUUAUCAGCGCAACGAACUGCAUCUGCACUGCGAUCAUCGUCAUCAUUUAUGUUUAUCCACUUGAGCAUACAGGAAUUCCUCGCUGCUUACCAAAUCGCCCGCAAUGCGAAUCUUAUUGAUGGUAGUAUUUCUAUCUACCUUAACCGUCAUCCGGAAGCCUAUCUCGACAUAUCACAGGUGUUUAUAUUCCUGUGUGGACUGGAUGUAUCAUGUGCGGAAAAGCUAUCAAGCAUGAUGGAUGAACGCGAUGCUUUGAAUGAAUUCGAUUCAGACUGUCACAAAAUGUUUAAUGAAAUCAUACUUGCAGGGUUGAGAGAAGCUAAUGCAAACGGAUAUUCCGACAUUGCCCUUAAACUCAGUCACUUCUACUUCCAUAACAACAAUAUCAUUGACCUUCAUAAGAUUUGGGAAAAUAACGCGGCUAAUGCCAUUGUGUUGAAAGUUAACCAACGAAUUUCACCUGGAAAUGACGAGUGCGCAUCUCAGAUUACAUUUGACCUUCAUUCGUGCAUGGAGCUGACACAUUUAGAGCUAAGUGGACGUUGCAUAUUGGGAAAAGAUUCUGCCAGUGUGGGUACAUUGGAAUUUCCGGUCUGCAUUAUUCUAAAUAUUGCCGAUCCAACCCAGUGCACAGAGCUUCCCCCUGUACUUCCCUCCAUCGAUUGCAUUCGCUUGACCCAUGUCACAUGUUUGUGUACCUGGCUACGCAGUCUGCUUAGCAUGAUGCUGACACAAAAUUGUAAUAUAAAAUGUGAGCUGAAUGACUGUCACUUAACUGCGUGUGGAGAGGGCGAAGUCAACACAUCAUACACGACUGGAUUAUUAUGUUUAGAUGUAUAUCCAAACAAAAGCAUAUCAAUAAGCCUAACUAAUGAUACCGGUCUGUGGGAGAGUCUGCAUGGUCUGAGUAUUAAGAGUCUGAGUCUGUUUAACGGUUGUAGAGUGAAUCAUGAAAAGUCGUUCUCACAGACGAUAGCAUCGCUCUCAAAGCUGGAAACACUAGAUAUUAGAAUGGUUGAAUUGACUCCUUGUGUGUGGGAGGCUCUCCGUGGUCUGAAUAUCAAGAGUCUGACUCUGAGCAGUAGGGAGUUGGGAGGUUAUCAUGCAAAGUCGUUGACUCAGUCGCUAUCAUCACUCAAGAGGCUGGAAACACUUGAAAUUGGUGUGGAUGAAUUGACUCCUUGUCAAUUCAUGGGAUGCUCUUCAUGUCAAUUCAUGGGAUGCUCAUGGGAUGCUCUUCAUGGUCUGAAUAUCAAGAGUCUGACUCUGAGCAGUAGGGAGUUGGGAGGUUAUCAUGCAAAGUCGUUGACUCAGUCGCUAUCAUCGCUCAAGAGGCUGGAAACACUUAGAAUUGGUGUGACUGAAGACAGUCCUGGUCUGUGGAAGGCUCUCCAUGGUCUGAAUAUCAAGAGUCUGAGUCUGAAUGGUAAGAAGCGUGUGACAUGGACGGGGGAUGGAUUGAGGAUAAAUCAUUCCGAGUCGUUGUCUCAGUCGCUAUCAUCGCUCAUGAGGCUGCAAAUACUUGAUAUUCAUGUGGCUGAAGAUAUUACUGGUCUUUGGGAGGCUUUCUAUGGCCUUAAUAUCAAGAAGCUGCGUGUGUUUUGUACGUGUAGAGUAAAGUAUAAAGAGUCGUUGUCUCAUUUGCUACCAUCGCUUAUACGGCUGGAAACACUUAGUAUUGGUGCGCGUAAAUACGCAUGUCCUGGUUUGUGGGAGGCUCUCAAAGGUUCGAGUGUCAAGAGUCUGACUAUUAAAGGUGAGAACAGAGGUUUUGAAUUAAAUCAUACAGACUUGUUGUCUCAGUCACUAUCAUCACUCACACAGCUUGAAACACUCGGUAUGGAGGUAUGGGAGCACAGUACUGGUCUGUGGGAGGCUAUCCAUACUUUGAAUAUCAAGACUCUGAGUCUGACUCUAUAUGGGAUUGAGUGGACCGAUUUGCGUACAGAGUCGUUGUCUAAGUCACUUUCAUCUCUCACACGUCUAGAAACUCUUAAUGUUAGUGUGUAUGCAGACAGUAGUUGUCCUUGGAAGGCUCUCCAUGGUCUGAAUAUCAAGAGUCUGAGACUGAGUCUGUUUCAUAAUGGUAACUGUAAAGAUGUGCAAGCAGAGUCGUUGUAUCAGUCAUUAGCAUCGCUCACACAGCUAGAAACGCUUAGUAUUACGUUACAUCCAGACAGCCGUGGUCUAUGGAGAGGUAUCCAUUGUCUGAAUAUAAAGAGACUGAGCCUGAAGAGUAAGGAGUGGGGAGGUUUGCAUAAAGAGUUGAUGUCCUUGUCACUAUCAUCGCUCACACUGCUGGACACUCUUUGUAUUGAGAUGGAGUGUGAUAAUCCAGGUCUGUGGGAGGCUGUACAUGGUCUGAAUAUCAAGAAUCUAUUCCUGAGUGGUUUGUGGAAACGUACUGGAAUUGACGUGACCCAUACAGUGUCGUUGUCAAAUACACUUUCAUCGCUCACUCAGCUAGAAACACUUAGUAUUGAUGUGGAGCAUGAGAGUCCUGGUCUAUGGGCAGCUCUCCAUGGUCAGAAUAUCAAGAGUUUGAGUCUGAGCGGCGUGCGUAAAUCUUCCGGUAUUGAUGUGAAACGUGCGGAAACGUUUUCUCAGUCGCUAUCAUCACUCACACAGCUGGAAACGUUAACACUACAUGUCCAUACAUACAUCGCACUGCAGGUACCUCAAUCAUUGAAGUAUUUAAAUAUCUACUCUGACACAAUGCUUCCAUCCAAAGUGCGCGAACUUGUGGACUCACUGGCUAUAUAUACUCAUUCAAUUGGGCUUAAGCUAGAAUUUGGUUGUGCUUCUAGUAUUGAUCCCCCAGAACGAAUCCCAGUUCAGGAAUACAUUCCAUUUCAACAGGAACUUGCUGCACGGAAAAAUGUUGCAAUGAAACGAUUCCGAAUAUAUGAAUUGCCUGAUUCUGCCGGUUAUGCCAUGUCUGUACGUGACAUUGGUGAUGUUGAUGACGCUGCUUGCGAUAUCCUUGAAGAUGAUGUUUAUAAAAAAUUUGCUAAAUAUAUCGAUCGUUACAUAAUCAAUCGAAUUUCAAUACUCAUUGAGAUAAGUCCAGGCUCAAUAUCUUGAAUAAGUGUUUGUUUUUGGUGGAUACUAUAUUAAUAUGAACCUUGUUGUAUAUUAAAUUUAUAUUGUAAAAAUUAAAACUGUUUUGACAUGUGGCGUAUAAUACUUUUUUAUGUUGUUUCUCUAUACAUGAAAUUGGGCUAUAACAUAUACUAGCUUAAUGUGUUGUAGACUUUUCGACGAUAGGUGUUACAAGAAAAUAUGGUAGAACAUUAUAUACAUAUGCUCAUCUUAAUUUUAAAAGAUAUUUCGCCGGAGCUUUUCUCUUAUAUGUAGUUAUUAUUAAAAUCAACACAAUUGUGUAAAUACGGCUCCUAAGUCGUUAUACCUUGAGAUUCAAAUCAGUGAACAAAAUAAUGUUUAUUUUUGCGUCCGAGCAAGUGACAAACUACUAAACGAAAUAAAACUGUAGACAGAUAUUACGUUUAUGCUUUGUGUCAAUGUUAUUGUAUAAGUUUAAAUUCAAUGUAUGCCUUUGUUUUAAUGACUUAUACAAUUUGGAACAUGUUGAUACAAUUUUAUUAGUGCGCUUUAUAGCAUGUACAUAUUCACAUAAUUGUCAACGCAUUUGACUUCACCUAUAAAUAUUAAAUAUUUCUUAUUUAAUAAAUAUAUAAUUCAAACUGCUUGAUGUGUUCAAAUGUAUCAUAUAAAUAUGUUUUAUAUGCAUUGUAUGCAUAGUGCCUGUCAUGAUGAUCAUUUAAAAAAAUAAUACCCUUUAAACAUCGAUAGUGAUAGAGCUUUGUUUUCAGAUGUAACAAGAAAAAAAAAAUUAUAUUAUAUA